GGGUAAAAAUCUCAGUUACAUGCAUGAAUUCCCAGGCUCCGAUGGCUCUGCAGGCCAGACCAUCGAAGCUCGGACGAGCGCUCGACAAUUCGACAGUCGCUCUGCUCGGACUGUGGGCAAGACGAGGAUUUCCCCGAUUCUGAGCUCUGACGAAUUUCGUUGUUCUGGUGCGAGCGAGAGCGAGUCGAUCGACUCGGAAGGGCAGAGAAAGGAUGGCACCACAUUUGACGACGACUCGGCUUCUGAGUCGCUCUCCGACCGAGCUUUCGUCUCUGCCGGGGCCGAGACUCGCAGCCUGCAGGUUGCGACGAGACUCGCGAAUUGGCGGCGCCUAUCAGUUUUACGUUCGGAGGCGGAACGCAGGAGCACGAUGCUCGGCCUCUUACAAGAGCCCGGUGCCCUUGCCUGAUUUCUAUGACCUGCUGGGUGUCUCGGUGGAAGCAGAUGCUGCAGAGAUUCGGCGAGCCUACAGAAUGCUUCAGAAAAAGCACCAUCCCGAUCUCGUGGGUCAACAGGGACAUGCCAUGGCCUUGCUGCUAAAUGAGGCGUACCAAACGUUGAUGGAUGAGAAUCUGCGAGCUGCUUAUAAUACAGCGCACUCGUACCGGGUAGCGAUUCGGAAGGCCGGGCACAAAGCCUUCACAGGCAACACGUACAGCUCGUGGGUUGGCCCUGACAGGCCGCAAGGCUUAUUCGUUGACGAAAAUGCAUGCGUGGGAUGCAGAAAGUGCGUGUUUGCUGCGUCCAACACAUUCAUAAUGGACGAAAGUACAGGCUGUGCUCGAGUACAAGCCCAAUGGGCCGAUUCUGAAUCAAACAUCACGAUGGCCAGGGAGGUGUGCCCGGUGAAUUGCAUUCAUUUAGUAGAACGUGAAGACUUGCCCAUCUUGGAAUAUCUUAUACGUCCCCAGGCCAAGCCUAGCAAUGGUGUGUAUGGCGGUGGCUGGGAGCGAACAAGCAACGUGUUCAUGGCAGCUCGUACAUUCAAACGUCAACAAGAGGAGCAGCGUAGCCAAACUGCCCCAUCUUCUACUAUGGAGACUCCUGCUCAAAAGAAGGCUCGUGUGGAGGCGGACCGGAAGCUGCGUAUGGGUGUGUUUUGGAGGUUUUGGUCAUGGGUAGAUCCAAGUCCAAGGGACUCAUCAGCAAGUGAUUUCGCUCCCGAGGGUUCCGUCGAUACUGAAUGGCCUUGGAAAGGCCUUUUCGGACGUUCAAGUUCAUUGGACGUGCUAGUUCUUCCUGUAAGCCAAGAGAACAAAGCCCAGACUGUGGCCUUGAUCCAGGACUGGGCUCUAACAUAUGCUUCUUCAAGUGAACUCCCUCUACCCAUGCCAUUCAAAGCGGAUCUGCUCUAUAAUGGCGUGCAGUUGUCUCUAAUCACUGCCAGCAAUGGAACAGUCUCAUCGAUAGGAUCUCUUGUUGUGACUGUGGAAGACACCGUAGCGAACGAUGAUAAUGCUCCAGGAAAUAGAUCCGACGAGCUUGCAGAAGGAUCAACAGUCAUUCAAAGCUUUUUAAAAGUUAGACGACAAGCCACCACAGGAACCUCAUCUUUGCCAGGAGAAGGACGCAUUGUGAAAGAGAUCAAAGCAACUAUCUUAGGAAUGGGCCGUGGUGGUGACUCGUACGAAGCCUAUCAGCUGAGGCGUUGAGGCUUAUAGAGCCCUGAACUGCACCUCUUUCUUCCAUUGCACAUUUCGCCGUCUCGAUAACUUUCCUGUAUAUUUUGUAACUAAGCCGUGAAUGCCCUCUUGGUGUAUGAGGACUGUAUAUAGAUGCACUCAUGGAUCUUGUGACGUCUUCCGAGUGCUGUGGUUAGUUAAAUUGAGUCCCAUGCAAUCCAGCAGUACUUCCGAUCUCUUGAGAAGUGUUAAGCAUUCUUCCACCAAGCUUGUCUAAGGCUCUAAGGUACUACGUAGAGGGCUUGUAGACAAUAUUUCUCUGCCAUCCAACUUUCAUGUAACUAUGGUGCGAUAAACAUUCGUGGAUACUCAGAAAUAAAUACUUGGUGAUUUUAA